UGCAGGAGUGAACACACAUGAACGUCAGAUGACGUGCGAGGGACAAACACCCCCAACAAGGGAGCAGGUUGCCCAACGAGCGAGCCCGACAGCGUGCUGGGGAAACUCCCAGCGAUGUCGCUGCCAGACCUGACCUACAUCGCAGCUCCGAUGGUCAACCAAAGCGACGCUCCCUUCCGUCUCUUGACGAGGCGGUAUGGUGCGACGCUCACAUACACGCAGAUGCUUGAGCCUUGCAAGCUCCUCAACGAUCGUGAAUACCUCGAGUUCCACUUGCGUGAUAUCCAAGCACUAGCACAGGGCAGUGGUGACUUCGACGAUUUUGGUGGUGGUUGGGACGGAUAUGCGAGACCACUUGUCGUCCAGCUGUGCGGGAAUGACCCAGAGCUGGUCGUAAAGGCUGCUAGACAAGUACAGACGCAUUGCGAUGGAAUAGAUCUUAACCUGGGUUGCCCACAGGAGCAUGCAAAAGACGGUCACUUUGGAGGGUACUUGCUUGGAAAGCAAGACUGGCCACUCGUACAGUCCAUAGUUUCAUCUAUGUCUCACUCCCUCCUCGUCCCUGCGUCCGCCAAAAUCCGGCUGUGUCCAUCCUCGGAUCCGAUGUCUGCGACAGCGGCCUUUGGACAGCUCCUCGAGCACGCAGGGGCAUCUUGGGUAACCUUACACGCCCGUCAUGUUUCUGCCAAACGCCGGCGCCAGGGUGCCGCAGAUCUCGAGGCUGUGCGCACACUUAAGGAGACAUUGAACAUACCUGUCAUCAGUAACGGCAACGUUCGUACUUCGGACGACGUUCGUGCUAAUAUGGAGUAUACUCAAGCAGAUGGGGCGAUGGUCGGAGAGACAUUACUUGGGAACCCUACGUUAUUCACGGGAGGUUUGCCAGACCCUGUGCUUAUCUCGCUUGAGUACCUUGACAUCUGCAAGCAACUCCCUGGCGUCGCAUCCCUCAACACAAUCCGAACCCACGUGCGGCACUUCGUUGAGUUCCAAUGCUCACGGCGCCCGUGGUACGCCAAAUUCCGCAGCGCAAUAAGCGAAUGUCAGAGUAUCAGGGAUAUCGAAGACUUAUUACAUGGGGGUGUAACUAGAUGGAGAGGUAAGGCCGCGAAAGUACUCGGUGCCAAGCACCUUGUACAGAAAGAGUCAAGCGGUGUGCAGGAACAUGAGGACAUAUUAAGUAGUAUGAGAUGUAUUCAUUCGCUAGCGGGAGACAAAAUAGAGUAAUAGGAAGACUUGACAUACCCGUUUGAACGUUGUUUGAGCGCUGUCUGCCUUGUCAAGCCCAAGAUUGACAAUACUUGAUCAGGAUUCAGGAUAUGUCAGGCGACCCUCAAGCCUAUGAACGAUAACCAUAUUUCCUGUGGUGCCACAGAAGGAAGCAGUCAGUGAGAUGCAGGAUAGCCCGCAUAAGAAACGA